AUGGGCGAGGCGGUCUUUCAUGAGUGCGCGAUCGCGUUUGUGCCCAGCAGCUCGCUUACGCCCAAAGCGAUCAGUGAGCUCUCGGCCAUUCUCGAAGACAAUGGCGCCGAAGUUCUCGAGCCGCGCCGAAACGGCACCAUUGCCAUUGACCACGUCACGCACAUAAUAUCCAACACAAUCGACUUUCAGCAGUACACCGAGUCGCAGGCCGUCAUGAUACCCGUCGUCACGACGCACUGGAUCACGGCGUCCAUCAGCAAGCGGCGCGUCGCGCAGGUCCGCCCGUUCUCGCCGGACCCGCGCCUGAUCUUCGCCGAGGUGGUGGUGACGUGCGCGGACCUGCCCGUGACGGACAAGGAGAGCAUACUCGGCGCCGUCAUGGCCCUGGGCGGCCAGGAAAGCAAGGACGUGUCCAAGCUGACGACGCAUGUGUGCGCCCUCUCCAUGGACCACCCCAAGGUGCAGGUGCCUCUCUCCAAAGGCUGGAAGGGCAAGAUUGUUCUGCCCCACUGGUUUGACGACUGCUUCAAGCUCGGGAAGCGAAUCGACGAGACGCCUUAUUUGCUGCCCGAUCCUGAGAUUAUGAAAAAGACGCCCGAGGACGAGAUCGAUAUUCCCGUCAACGACAACCUGGAUGGCGCCACGUCCCCGAAUCCGCAGUGGCUGCCAUUGCCCCCCGACGGCGACUCGGUGCGCCCACCGUGCACUGUUUUCCAACACCGAAAGGUGCUGCUCGGCGCAGACCUCAACAUUUCACCGCGACUUACCAAAGCCGUUCGGGAUAUCAUCGUCAACGGUGGCGGCAAAAUGGUCGACACGGUGGAUGCCUGCGACAUGUACAUUGGCCAAUAUCGCGACGGUACGCAGUACGUGCGUGCUGCCCAGUCCUGUAAAGACGUCGGCAACCUGUCUUGGCUCUACUAUCUGAUUGUUCAAAACUCGUGGACCUCAUCCCUGAGACGACUGCUUCACUACCCCACACCUCGCAAUGGCAUCGAAGGCUUUCGCGGCCUCCGAAUCACAGUGUCCAACUACGGCGGUGAGGCCCGCAUCUACUUGGAGAACCUCAUCAAGGCUUGUGGCGCCGAGUUUACCAAGACGAUGAAGGCCGACAACACACAUCUAAUCACCGCGCGCGACUCGAGCGAAAAGUGCAAGGCGGCGCCGGAAUGGGGCGUCAACGUCGUCAACCACCUGUGGAUCGAGGAAAGCUACGCCAAGUGCCAGCUGAAGCCCAUCAACAUUGCAAAGUACAUCCACUUCCCGCACCGCACGAAUUUGGGCGAGAUUAUUGGUCAGACCUUUUUAGACGAGGGCAAGCUGAAGGAGUUGUACUACCCGGGUGGCGACGCAGAGAUGACAGGCAGUGCCAAGAGGAAGCGCAAGAUUCUGGAAGCGGCCGAGGACAAUGCCUACCACAAUGGACCUGCUGACGGCGUGGUCGUUGCGCAGACAGCACAUGAUGUCGAUGAGGAUGUGCUCAUGACAGAAGACGCGGAGAACUCGCCGCCGAAAAAGGCCACUCCUGCACCUGUCGAGACGCCAGUGCGGGCACGCCACGUUCGUUCGGGCAAGGAAAAUGACACACCGUCAGUUGUGUCGACUGGUGGCCGUAGUGCAAAGGCCAAGGCCAGGGACAAGCUGCAAAAUAUUGCACCGGACAUUGCCCUUUACGAAAAGGAGAAGAAGCGCUCCGCCAAGGCCACCACCCCUUUUGGCGGCAAACGCGCUGCUGACCUUGUCGAGAAACAGCGGCUCGCCGAGGAGGACGCAAAGGAGAAGAAGGCCGCGGAGAAGGAGAGUGCAAAAGAGGAUGAAGUUGCAAAGCGACCAAGCAAGAAGGCUCGCCCAUCGUUGCCCGACGUUGAAAUGCGCAUUAUCCUCACUGGAUUUACGAGAUGGGUGGAGAACAAGCAUAAAGAAGAUGCGGAUAGGCGCAACCUGCGCGAUCUGGGCAUCCAACUCGUCCAGGAGGGCCAGCCAUGCGACUACCUCGCGGCGCCGCAUAUCGUGCGCACCGUCAAGUUUUUGUGCGCCCUCGCGCGCGGGCCCGAGGUGAUUUCAUCGUCCUUCAUCGACGCGGCGCUUGAGACGGGCGAGCUGCCGCCCAUGCACGAGCACAGGCUCAAGGACAAGGCGGCGGAGCGGCGGUACAACAUGACGCUGGACAAGUCUGUCGGCCGGGCCAAGGCAAACCGGGGCCGACUCUUGCAGGGGGUGGCAGUGUACUGCACCGAGACCAUCAAGAACGGGCCCAAGAGCUACCAGGUCAUCGCCGAGGCCAACGGGGCCAUCUUCAAGAUCUACCGCGCGCGCAGCGGCACCACCAUCAAGCCGACGACGGCGGAGCAGGACGGCGGAGCGCCGCCGGAUCCCGUGUACCUACUCAGCGGCGCGAGCGCCGAGGAGAAGACCAUGUGGCCGCGCUUCCGCGAGAUGGCGAUCAAGGGCCACAUGGAGCCGCGUAUCGUGGCGCCCGACUGGCUGCUGGACGUGGCCAUGGCGCAGCAGGUCCGGUACGAUCCUAAGUUUGCGGUGGAAGUCUUUCGACAAAAGGAGUAA